CGACGGACUGUUUUGUGUGUAGCACCAUUGUUCGGAUGUUGGCUGUCAUAACAAGCGGAGCUGGAAAUAAAGCGUGCUUCCCAGUCAUCACUAUCCUGCGUAUUAUUCAUCUGAUAAUACUUCAAGCUCCAACCCAACGAGCAGGACCCCAAGAUGUUGGAGUCAAUUGUACCGGAGCAGUUCCUGGACGGCAUCCCGGCGAGGACCUCCGCGUGGGUGCGAUACUACAGUCCACCGGACGUGAAGACAGCGGUAAGACUGGCGGAGGAGCACCUGGCGGUUCACCCGAAGGCAACAACGGCAACGGCCGGGGAAACUGCCCCUGCACCCCAACGACGACUCACCCCACAAUGGGGGGUGGGGAACGAGACAUCCCUCGAGACGAGAAAAGACAUGGCCGAACUAGCAGGGUUCCAGCGCUGCUGAGAGAGGGCUUCCCUCGCGGAGUGCACCUCAAGUGACACACUGAAAAAAAUAAGAUUUACUUUAAAACAUUAUUGGCCGGUGUGGGGGGUGCGUACAACCUGGGCACAUAAACCGGGAGUGCGCUGUGAUGGAGGUGGGGAAGGUGUUGCGGGUUGUCGGGCCUCCAGCACCCGCCCCCGAUCUGGGAGAGACAUACUGCGUACCGGCGCUGCGCCGACUGUCCUCCUCUGCCUCUUCCUCUGGCUCCGGCUCCGACGCCCAGCCUGGCACCUCGGUGACUGCACUGCAGUCCGAAUCCGACAAUUUACAACCUGCUAGCCAGGCUCCGCCAUGUGCUCAGCGUACUCCCUUCACCGUAGCGGCAAUGGGGAAGAUGUCGGUGCCACAGACUGAAGAGUGCCACAGAAAGGUCACUGCAUACAUAAUCAAAAGACUGCAUCCCUUUUCAGAGGUGGAAUCUCCAACAUUUAGGGGUAUGGUGAAAACUCUCAACCCAAAAUACGUACCACCCUCCAGGGACUACCUGUCAAACACAUUGAUCCCGGCAUGGUACAAGGUGGAGAUGUGCAACAUCAUUACAGAGCUCAGUGAAAUCAGCUCUGUAGCACUGACAUGUGAUGGCUGGAGUAGCAUCACACAGGACCACCAUCACAGCACACUACAUAAUUGAGGGGAAAAUGCAGCAAAAAGUGCUAAAAAAAAGGCUGUGUACAAUCCAAUCCAAUCCACUUUAUUUAUAUAGCACAUUUAAACAACAAUAACGUUUCCAAAGUGCUGCACAGCCAUGUUAAAAACAAUAUUAUGCUCCACCAAUGACUGAAUAAAACAAAAAAUAAAUAACAAUAAAACCAAUAAAAACAAAUAUGAUUAAAAACAAUUUUAAAGGGUAAAAUCAAUUAAAACAUCCAUCCAUCCAUCCAUUUUCUACCGCUUAUUCCCUUUCGGGGUCACGGGGGGCGCUGGCGCCUAUCUCAGCUAUAAUCGGGCGGAAGGCAGGGUACACCCUGGACAAGUCGCCACCUCAUCGCAGGGCCAACACAGAUAGACAGACAACAUUCAUACUCACAUUCACACACUAGGGACCAUUUAGUGUUGCCAAUCAACCUAUCACCAGGUGCAUGUCUUUGGAGGUGAGAGGAAGCCGGAGUACCCGGAGGGAACCCACGCAUUCGCGGGGAGAACAUGCAAACUCCACACAGAAAGAUCCAGAGCCUGGAUUUGAACCCAGGACUGCAGGAACUUCGUAUUGUGAGGCAGACGCACUAACCCCUCUGCCACCGUGAAGCCCUCAAUUAAAACAGUAAAAUAAAAAUCAAAGUGUAUAAAAAACACAGAGGACAACAGAGGACAGAGGACCACACAACUCACGUAGUGUUAAAAGCCAAAGAAUAAAAGUGGGUCUUAAGACGAGACUUAAAACACUCCACUGUGGAAGCAGUUUGAACAUGGAGCGGCAGAGUGUUCCAGAGCUUAGGGCUGACCACAGAGAAGGCCCUGUCUCCCCUGGUCUUAAGUCUGGUCUUGGGCACCACAAGCUGGAGCUGGCUCUCGGACCUCAGAGCGCGCGCAGGAAUGUAAAUUUGGAUGAGGUCCGAGAUAUAUUGAGGUGCCAGUCCAUGUAAAUAUUUAAAAACAAACAGCAAUGUUUUAAAAUCAAUUCUAAAAUGAACAGGGAGCCAGUGCAAACUCUGAAGAAUUGGGGUUAUAUGCUGGCGUUUCCUGGCCCCUGUUAAAAGUCGUGCUGCUGCGUUCUGGACUAACUGCAACCGGGAGAGAGCUUUUUGGCUAAUGCCAGCAUAAAGUGCAUUGCAGUAGUCCAGGCGACUUGAAAUAAAAGCAUGCACGACUUGUUCAAAAAGGUUAAAAGAUAAAAACGGUUUAACCUUUACUAAAAGACGAAGGUGAUAAAAACACAAUUUUAAAACGCCAUUGACUUGUUUGUCUAGUUUAAAAUCGCUGUCUAUAGCGACGCCAAGGCUGGUGACUUUGGGACGCACAUAAUUUUGCAAUGGUCCCAAGUCAAUGAGGGCCGGACCAAAAACUAAAAUUUCCGUUUUUCCCUCAUUCAUUAUUUAUAAAUUCUGGGCUUACCAAGCCUUGACGUCGCAUAGACAGUUAAGAAGGGGUGUCAGGGGGCCGUGGCAACAAAGCACAGACAGGCUGUAUUGUUGCAGAAGGAAUAAGUGAUGUCCUAUCAGAGUUUACUAUAUCUGAGAAAAUCAUAGCAGUCACGGUAGAUAACGCUACAAACAUGGAUGUGGCCAUAAAGCGCCUGCAGUUUGUGAAACUCUGCUGUAUUGCUCACACACUUAAUCUAUCAGGACGGAGUGUAUACUCCCUAAAUUCUGUUUUGCUCACACACUUAAUCUAGCAGCACGGAGUGUAUACUCCUUAAAUUCAGUGAGUCAGUGGGUGGCUAGGGUCCAAGCCAUUGUUGUGUGGAUGAAGAGGUGCUUGAUGGCCGAGGUAGUCCUCAAAGAGAAGCAAGAACUUCUACAGCUGCCCCGACACUCACUAAUACUUGAUGUGAGAACACGGUGGAACUCUCUGUACCUAAUGAUGGAGAGAUUCACAGAGCAGUACCCUGCAAUUCAAGCAACCACCUUUGAUCAACGGCUGAGAAAAAACAUGGAAAGGGACAGACUUGCCCGGCUAACUGAGGAGGACUUUAGGAAAGCUGAGGACUUCAUCAGCCUAAUGAAGGGGCUCUACACGUCAACACUCUGCGUGUCUUCCGAAAAGAGUCCCACAUGCGGACAGAUUCUGCCUAUCCUCAAAAAGCUUGAAGCACACUUGGCUGUAAAAGAUGGAGACGCAGUCUUAGUGUCAAAUCUCAAAAAACAGGUUUGGGCAAACCUAUCCAAGCGUUACCAGAAUGAUGAGAUCAGGGCCUUUCUCCAGCUGGCCAGUGCGUUGGAUCCACGCUUUAAACAUAAAUUGGAUGAUGACACCAUCUGGGACCAGAUCCAGAGAAAGCUGAUUGAACAGUCAACAGAGGAAGUCUGUGGAGCUGAUGGGGACACCAUGCAGUCUGAGAAUGAGGCAAAUGAAGAAAACGAGGAUGAGCAGGAGAGUCAACAGCCUCCCGGCAAACUGCCCAAGAACACUCCCUUGGAGGAGCUGUUUGCUGAGGAAGAGGCACAGAACAUAGUGUCACAGCAGAGCUCGAUGUCCAUCAAGAAACGAGUGGAGAGAGAGCUGCAGAUGUACCAGGAAGUUCCACCGAUACCUAUGUCUGACGACCCUGCUGCAUGGUGGUGGAACCAACAAAAGACUUAUCCUUUGCUGUCAGAUCUCGCUUUCUCCUAUAUAACAUAUUUGAUGUUCAAACUGAUAAACAUUUAUUUUUUUUGUGCAAAUGAUCAUUAACUUUAGAAUUUGAUGCCAGCAACACGUGACAAAAAAGUUGGGAAAGGUGGCAAUAAAUACUGAUAAAGUUGAGGAAUGCUCAUCAAACACUUAUUUGGAACAUCCCACAGGUGUGCAGGCUAAUUGGGAACAGGUGGGUGCCAUGAUUGGGUAUAAAAACAGCUUCCCUAAAAAUGGUCAGUCUUUCACAUGAAAGGAUGGGGCGAGGUACACCCUUUUGUCCACAACUGCGUGAGCAAAUAGUCAAACACAACGUUUUUCAAAGUGCAAUUGCAAAAAAUUUAGAGAUUUCAACAUCUACAGUCCAUAAUAUCAUCAAAAGGUUCAGAGAAUCUGGAGAAAUCACGACACGUAAGCAGCAUGGCCGGAAACCAACAUUGAAUGACCGUGACCUUCGAUCCCUCUGACGGCACUAUAUCAAAAACCGACAUCAAUCUCUAAAGGUUAUCACCACAUGGGCUCAGGAACACUUCAGAAAAUCACUGUCACUAAAUACAGUUCUUCGCAGCAUUUGUAAGUGCAAGUUAAAGCUCUACUAUGCAAAGCGAAAGCCAUUUAUCAACAACAUCCAGAAACGCCGCCGGCUUCUCUGGGCCCGAGAUCAUCUAAGAUGGACUGAUGCAAAGUGGAAAAGUGUUCUGGGGUCUGACGAAUCCACAUUUGAAAUUGUUUUUGGAAAUAUUCGACAUCGUGUCAUCCAGACCAAAGGGGAAACGAACCAUCCAGACUGUUAUCGACGCAAAGUUCAAAAGCCAGCAUCUGUGAUGGUAUGGGGGUGCACUAUUGCCCAAAGCAUGGGUAACUUACACAUCUGUGAAGGCACAAUUUAUGCUGAAAGAUACAUACAGGUUUUGGAACAACAUAUGCUGCCAUCUAAGCGCCGUCUUUUUCAUGGACGCCCUUGCUUGUUUCAGCAAUACAAUGCUUAGCCACAUUCAGCAUGUGUUACAACAGCGUGGCUUUGUAAAAAAAGAGUGUGGGUACUUUCCUGGCCCGCCUGCAGUCCAGACCUGUCUCCCGUCGAAAAUGUGUGGCGCAUUAUGAAUGUAAAAUACGACAGCGGAGACCCCGGACUGUUGAACGACUGAAGCUCUACAUAAAACAAGAAUGGGAAAGAAUUCCACUUUCAAAGAUUCAACAAUUAUUUCCCUCAGUUCCCAAACGUUUAUUAAGUGUUUUUAAAAGAAAAGUUGAUGUAACACAGUGGUGAACAUGCCCUUUCCAACUACUUUGGCACGUGUUGCAACCAUGAAAUUCUAAGUUAAUUAUUAUUUGCAAAAAUAAAUAAAGUUUAUGAGUUUGAACAUCAAAUAUCUUGUCUUUGUAGUGCAUUCAAUUGAAUAUGGGUUGAAAAUGAUUUGAAAAUCAUUGUAUUCUGUUUAUAUUUACAUCUAACACAAUUUACCAACUCAUAUGGAAACGGGGUUUGUAACAUUUACAUAAUACAAAUCAACUAACUAUAGGCUUUCCAAAUGCUGUAAUAAAUUAAGCAUGAUGAAAUGA